UAGGAGGCUGAGAGAAGUGUCGCCUUAUUCCAUUCGGCGAAUCGUUCAGCUGAUACCAUAACUCAGAGAGAAGAACUAUUCUCAAAAUGUAUCUCUGCAAACGUGUUCGGGAAUUAUUUGUCUUACUUCUCGUCAUUGAACCCUCACUGUGUGACGUGAAUGAACCGCGAUAUUACAGCCGAUUUGACUACGACGAGAAAAUGUUGGAGAAAUUGGUGAGAACUGAAAUCAAGAUGGAGGAAAUUCUCGGUAAAUUGGAAGUGUUGGAAAAAAGACAAACCAACGUUGAAACUGAAGUGGACAAUUCUGUAAAGGAAAUACACGGUCUGGCAAAGAAACACGACGAUUUGAAAACCGAACUGAACAAUUCAAAUGCUGCCGUGGAAACAUUUGAAAACAUGACAAAAUCUGAUAUUGGCGGACUUGAAAAAACAAUCAAAAUGAACGUUCAGCGUCUCGACGCUAUAUUCACAAAUAUAACAGAGAGUAAGCUUACAGCUCCCGUCGCCUUCUUCGCCAGACCUGUGACCGACUUUACAUCAUCCAGCGGCCAGACGCUAGUGUUCGACUCCGUGAUCACAGAUGUUGGCGGCGGUUACAACCCGGGGACAGGCGUUUUUACCGCCCCGGCCGACGGUCUCUACGAGAUCUCCAUCGCUGUCAUGGUUAAAAUGUCCUCGUCGGCGAAAAAGGCUGAAUUUAAUUUAAGGAAGAACGACAGUAUUGUAAUGUGGUUUAUUGUAAAUGCAAAUGACAUUGUUUACGAGACGACUUCGGGAACUGGCCUUCUCUCCCUGCAGGUCGGGGACACAGUUCGUGUUACAUGUUACACUAGUGGACAAUAUAUUCAUGGCUCAUACACGUUCUUCUCAGGUUUCAAGCUGUAGUUAGUUUAGAAACUUACAUUUUGUGCAUAAUUGCAGUUCUCUCAUAUAUAAAGUUUGUCGUACAAGACUAAUAUGGAUACUGGUUGUGUAAUUGAAGUCAGGAAAAAAGGAUUAACCUGAGACCUUAAUGUAACUGAAAAGUCAAUAAGACUUAGACCUAUAAUGUUAUUAAUUAGGUGAUUUCAUAUUGGCUCAGUUAUUUGUCUGAGGUAAGCUGUAUUUGCCUGAGCCCAAAUGUACUUAUAGCGAAUAUGGGCCGAGCGAUAUGUCGUUUAACUGUUGUCUGCUGCUUUUACAGUAAGGCAUCGAAUUUUGCUAUUGUACACUUUCACUUUCGUUUUGAAUAGUUGGAAAAGCGCUAAUUUUCAAUCAUCUUAGAAGUUAUUAUUUCAUUGGCAAAUACGUUUCGAGAUAAUAGAAGGCUAAAGGAAAUAGUAAGUAUUCAUAAACAAAUAGUAUUUGGAAUACUAAUAUAUUUGAUAUGCACUUAAUGCUUAACUUUUGAUAUGGGGUAUGAAAUUAGUGUAGAGACUGAAUUUCUCAAUAAAAACAACAGUUAAUGAGGCAACGUGAUCGUAAAAUGAAAUAAGAUGGUUGAAUAAUAAUAAUCAUGAUGCGAACAGCGAUUUAUAGUAAUAAUGUUGUUUUCUGAAAAUAUGAAGAUAUAAGGCAAAACCCCUACGGAAAAAGACUUAACGUUGAAAAUGGACUAUUCCAACUGGUUAGGACCGUUCAAUGUGGUCACGUGAUAUCAUGAGUAUAA